AUGGCUUUGGUUCGUGAACGUCGUCAGCUAAAUCUCCGUCUUCCUCUUCCUCCGAUUCCCGACCGCCGCUUCUCUGCUACCUCCGCCACCACCACCGUCGCGACCUCUGCUGCUGCCUGUAACGGCAUCUCCGCCGCCGAUCUCGAUAAACUCAACGUUCUCGGAUGCGGAAACGGCGGGAUUGUCUACAAAGUCCGUCACAAGAACACGGCGGAGCUCUACGCACUGAAAACAGUCAACGGCGACAUGGAUCCGGUUUUAACCAGGCAAUUGAUGCGCGAGAUGGAGAUCCUCCGCCGCACGGACUCUCCGUACGUAGUCCGGUGUCACGGAAUCUUCGAGAAACCGGUCGUCGGCGAAGUAUCGAUUCUCAUGGAGUAUAUGGACGGAGGAACCUUAGAAUCUCUCCGCGGCGCCGUAACGGAGCAGAGACUCGCCGGAUUCGCUAGACAGAUCUUAAAAGGAUUGAGCUAUUUGCACGCUCUCAAAAUCGUUCACAGAGACAUCAAACCGGCGAAUCUCCUCCUCAAUUCGAAGAACGAGGUCAAAAUCGCCGAUUUCGGAGUCAGCAAAAUCUUAGUCCGAUCGUUGGACUACUGCAAUUCGUACGUCGGGACUUGCGCUUACAUGAGCCCGGAGAGAUUCGAUUCGGAAUCGGCCGGAGGAAGCUCCGGCGACGUGUACGCCGGAGAUGUAUGGAGUUUCGGAUUGAUGAUGCUUGAGCUUCUCGUCGGCCACUUUCCGUUACUCCCGCCGGGACAGAGACCGGACUGGGCGACGCUAAUGUGCGCCGUGUGUUUCGGAGAACCUCCGAGAGCGCCGGAGGGGUGCUCCGAGGAGUUCCGGGGUUUCGUCGACUGCUGUCUCCGUAAGGAUUCGAGUAAGAGAUGGACGGCGCCGCAGCUUCUCGGCCAUCCUUUUCUCCGGGAAGAUGUUUGA